AUGGCUCCAGUUGAGGAACUCGUCGUGAGGGCCGCGGCGGCGGACACCCCGUCGGUUCUGCCAGGCCUGCCGGGCUACAACCCCGAGAAUCUACAGCCAUGGACCGUGCAAGUAACGGCAGCGAUGACGGUCCUGGCCGUUGGAUGCGUUAUUCUGCGAAUUAUCAGUCGCCGGCUCAGAAAGCAGAAGCUCGAAUGGGACGACAGAAUGAUUAUCUUCUCAACGGGCUGGUAUCUGGUCGUCGUCGGCUUCAUCUUCGCCAUGUACGACAACGGCAUGGGCAUCCACGCUGACAAGGUCCCUAUGGGAAAUAUCGUCAUGAUGGCAAAGUGGCUGCUGGUGGCCGAAAUCCUCUACGCCUGGAACCUUGGCUGGACCAAGAUCAGUCUCCUGCUCAUGUACUACCGCAUCUUCCACGUGCCCUACUUCAAGAAGAUGGCCUGGGCGGUGGGCGGCUUCGUCAUGGUCUGGGUCGUCACCAUCACGUUCCUCUUCAUCUUCAUCUGCGUCCCCGUCCAGAAGCUGUGGUAUCCCCAGCUGCCGGGCCACUGCAUCAACCAGGUCGGCACGUGGAUUGCCAAUGCCUCGUCGACCAUCUUUACGGAUCUGGCCAUCCUGAUCUUGCCCGUUCCGCAGAUCUGGAACCUUCAGCUGAGGACCGCGGAAAAGAUGGGUUUGACCUUUGCCUUUGGCUUGGGUUUCUUCGUCGUCUUCGCCUCUGCAUACCGAACCUCGGUGCUCUUCACCUACAGCAACUCGGAUCCCACUUACACCCUCGCCCCGACGGUCGGCUGGACAGUCAUCGAAAUCUCCGCCGGCAUCAUUUCCGCCUGUCUUCCCACCCUCCUGCCGGUCCUCCGCCUCUUCUUCAAGAAGAUCGGCAUCAAGCGCAACUUCUUCUCCCCGAGCCGCGGCGGAACCAGCGGCAAGUCGUCCAACCUCAACAGCAAGAUGUCGGGGCCCAGCCAGAACAGGAGCGUCAACGCCCUCGACGACGGCACGUCGCGCAGAGCCAACGGCAACGCCUUUUACCGCCUCGAGGACGAGACCGAGUCCGACGGCAGCUUCACCGUGGACUCGCAGCAGGCCGUCAUGAAAUCGAACUUCAGACCAGACACUAAAGGGGACGAUAUACCACUGCACGGGAUCCGGGUCCAGACGGAGUUUCAGCAAUCGACUUCUCCUAGGUAA